AUGUUACGGCUGAGUUAUAUUUUCCGGCAUUAUUUACUUUACACAAGGAAAAAAAAAAGAAAUCAUUUUCGUCCCAACGCGAAAAAAAAGAAAAGCUCUCGACGACAGGCGAUUUCGAAGCGUCUCGAUACGAAGAUGCCUAAUUCGCACAAACCUCAUUUCUUGAAGCCUCUGCUUCCCGAUUUCCACAGUGGCGUGACAAUACCACUUGGCUUCUUCUCACAGCACAUAGAAGGGAAGACAAACCGGAAAACAUGGAAACUAAGAUCGGACGCUACAGAUCAAACUUGGGAAGUGAUACAAGAAGGCAGGAGACUCACCGGAGGUUGGAAAGAUUUCACCACAGCACAUGACCUUCAAAUCGGUGACAUUGUCAUCUUCAAACACGAAGGAGAUAUGGUGUUUCAUGUCACACCAUUUGGUCCUAGCUGUUGUGAGAUUCAGUAUACACAUCCUCACAUCAUCAAGGAAGAAGCCGAUGCGGAUGAUGCUCCUUCUUUCUCAUUUGACUAUUGUUUUCAGGCUGAGGUCACUGCUUCGAAUCUAAAAGAAGACAAACUUUAUCUUCCUGAGGGAGCUACGACUUGUACUGCUUUGAACAAACAAUGCCAAGAGAUAAUACUUGUCAACAAAGAGGGAAAUUCAUGGACUGUGAGUUUGCGAUUUAGCGAAGCAGACGGCAUGUAUUACAUCAGAAGAGGCUGGAGAAAGUUCUGUCGUGCUAACAGAUGCGCCAUAGGAGACUUAUUUGUGUUCAAUGUGGUUGGAGAUGGGAAAACUACUCCACUAAUGUGUGUAUGUCCGGAAAGGGAAGAGUGAUUUUGAACCUAAACUUA